CGUCACAUGUAAUUAAUCCUCUGCUAACACCGGUUUCAGCAACAGCAAGAUGUUCAUAAUAUCGAUUAUUUCUUUUUUCCUUUUCUAAAUACCUUUACACUGACCAGACAAGAAAAAUGAACAGACCAAGAGCCCUUUCAAGUUCAGGCGAGUCCCUGUACGAUUUGUUAGGACUACAGAAAGGUGCCAAUCAUGAUGAAAUUAAGAAAGCAUAUAGAAAGUUGGCUUUAAGAUUUCAUCCUGACAAGAACCAAGGAAAUGAAGAAGCUACAGAAAAGUUUAAAGAGAUCAAUCAUGCCCACAAGGUCCUCAUGGACAACACAAAGCGAGGUAUAUAUGACCGUUAUGGUUCACUCGGACUUUAUGCUGCUGAUAUGGUGGGCGAUGAGAAUGUAAACACGUACCUUGUUUUAACAAGUGGUUGGUGUAAGGCGCUGGUGAUAUGUUGCGGGAUAAUUACGGGUUGUUACUGCUGUUGCUGCUGCUUCUGUUGCUGUUUUAACUUCUGUUGUGGCAAAUAUAAACCUGCCAUGCCGGACGAGGAUGGGGAAUAUGCAAACCUGCAUGUAAGAACUGAGGAAUACAGUAGCACUCCUGAAGAUGAAGACAAACCUCCAAUUGUUAGCCAACCAGGAUCAGGGGAGGAGCCAAAGGGAGGUUUUGAAGGCGGAGCUGCGAUACCAAUGCCUCCGCCUUCUGGAUUAUCAGAAAACACAACUCUGACAUCUGACGCCAAGCCAAGCUAUGGUGCAGACAGUUCAUCCCUAGAUAGAAAAGAAGCAGCUCUUAAUGAGAGUUAAUAGUUAACUUUGAUAGGUGAACAAAAUAUCCCCUGUUUCUUAGAAUUAAAAGUUCAUAAUACUUGCUGUUAGAUCAGUAAAAUACUAUCCAGAGAAGUCUCAAUUUAAAUCUGAUUGGUUUAUUUAUAAUUGAGCACUGAUGCAUAAAUGAAAUUGAUUGGUGCAUUGGUUUAAAAAGGGGAGGGGCUUAAAUUUUUCAAUAUCCAAUCAAAUUCACUGACUUGAAAGAUUAGCAUCUCAUUUUGUACAUAUAUAGUUUUACGAUGGUCCAUUUGAAUCAGAAGUGUAUAAAAAAAUAUGGUGUCAACUGUUUAGAGGAGGGGUAUGAAGUGUUAUUGAUUUGAUUGUAAAGCUAAAAUAGCUCUGUUGUUAUAGAUCAUUUUAUAUAGAUUGUUGAAUUAUUAUAUAAAUUUUCAAAUUGAUUACCCAUUUGAGAUUUCUCUGUAAACUCUUGCAUUGAAUUUUUACAUGAAUAACUCGUCAAAAAUUUAUUUAACUUAAACAGAUUGUAUUUAUUAUCGUAUAUCAAAGUUGUUUUGGUUUAGUCUUUCUGAAUUUACUUAGGUGAAAAAACUGAGAAUUCAAUUUUUGCUUUUGAUAUUUAUUAGAUUUAGAUGAUGUAAUUAUUAUUAAUAUUAAGUGUAUAUCUUUUAUUAUUGCUUUUUGGAGUUAAGGGUCUUUUUACUAGAUAACUUAUAGAAAUCCAUUCCCAACGUGUAGCCCAAUAUUUAUUACCCCCAUUGAAACACCAUGUAAUAAUGCAUGUUUGAAUGUCUUACAGUCUGUUUCUUUCUUAUUGGUUAGAUUUAUGGAAAAAAAAUUAUUCUUGAGGCCCUCAUGGCUGAGUGGUUAAGGUCACUGACUCGGAACCCUCUUGCCCUUCCUUGCUCUGGGUUUGAAUCUUGUAGGUACAUAUGAUUCUCUUCUACCAUGUAAGGAAGCUCUCCAGGUGAUGGAGAAGUUUGGUGGUUCUACUCAGGUGCCGGCUCAUGCCUGUGAUAAACACGGAGGGGCACCUUAGGUCUUCUUGCAUUAGUAAAGCCAAAAGAGUUUCCAUAUAAACUUAACAGUAUUGGUAUGGCUUAAAGCUCAACAAUUCAACUCAUUAAUUCUUCUGUUGUUAACAUUUAAGUAGUGGUUUUGAGCCCCACUCAGGCUACGGCCAUGUUCUCUUGUGUUACUCAAAAGUAUUUAUGUCAGUUGUGAAAAACCUGUUUCACAGUUGAGCUUUUUUGAAUAAGUUUAUUUUUAACUUACUGUUAAAUAAUACUUAUUAGUAAAUCAUAUUUGGACAUCAUGUAUCAUUGACUAGAGACUGUUUUUACAUGUGUUUGAUAAUGAUAUCAUAGAAAGAAGGGACAUAGAAAAAUCAGUGGUCCAACAUUGGCUGCCACUUAUACCUGAAUUAAUUCAUUAAGGUGCCAGCUGUCAGAUGCAGUCUUGCAUACUGUUGGCAACUUUUUAUCAACAUUUUGAUACUAAAACCCCUUACAUUAGUAAUGCAAUGUUCCUAAUUCUAAUUAGGACAAGUGCAUGGUAGAAAGUAUACAGGGUAUAUUAAUAAACAAAGUACAUGUACAUCUGUAGGGUGUUGGCUUGCUAACUAUACAGGGCUUGCUAACUAUUCAGGGCUCUCUCUGUUAAGUGUUUUAGGGGAACAGUACCUGUAGGGACAAUUUUCACAUUGUUUCACUGGUAGCAAUAUUUGCUGCACAUAAACUACUUCAGCUUAAAGACAGUUGAGUUAAAUACCACUUCACUAUCCUUGAAUCUAUGUUUUCGAUUGUAAGGGAAUUUUGAUUUUAAAAAAGGGGGUUAAAACAAACAUUUUGGCUGGGAAAUGGUGAUUAAUAUCAGCUCUUAAAAACAGAGAUCUAGAGCCCUGCAAUCUACAAAAAAUAUCUGAUGCCCAGCAUGUAUGGAGUAGAUGUACUUCUUAUUUUGAUGUUUUUCACUUGCAGUGAAUUUCACAGGGUUUAACAUUUAAUUUUACAUUGUAGUUAAAACCAAAGUUUUUUGUUUUUUUACUAACUAGAUUGAUAAUCUGUAUUGUUUUCUUCAAUCAAAACAUAAUUUAAAUUGUGUUUAUACAAUCAUGUAGCAACAUGCUUCCAGAGCCAUGUAGAAUUUUAUUAAAAUUUAAGAAUAGCUCCAAUUAUAAGUUAUUUCCACAAUUAUAUAAGAUAUAUUGAUUUGUAAUUGCCUCAUGCAGUUUCUGUCUAGCAAUUACCAGUAAUAUGUAAAACAUAUUUCUAAAGUAGCCAGUAACAAGGGUGUUAUGUAGUCAUUAAACAAGUAACUUCAUCCAUAUUUUGCAUCAAAUGUAGUGUUAUGCAGAUUUUGAAUAUUUGUACAUUUAUAGUACAUUUCUUAAACUCUUAAAAUAUUUUUCAUUUGUUAGAUUUUAUUUUAUUUUUUUUUUGAGAAAAUUAUUUUUAUUUUAUCUGGAGGCAUGCAGUUUUGAGUAUUGAUUCUUUGUGUUGUUGGUUUUUUUAAAUAGGAAAUAGAAUUUUCAUUAACCAAUUGUGUUUGAAAGUGUAUUUUUGAUUCACAUUACAUUAAAAAAAAACAACAAACAUUCUAUGAGUCAUGUGGAAUCAAUAUUGUUUGAUAAUUUGCAUUUUGUUGUAUAUAAUCAUGCUUAUCACAUUGAUUUGUUUUCCCCCUUUUUAAAAGGCUAUAAAAGGACCAAAAGUAAGGCUGAACAAAGUUUCUGUCUUUCAUUUGCGAUUAUGAAUUUGAAUAUGUGUGUGUAGUGUUUUUUUUUGUCAUUUUUGUUUUUAUAUUUUUUGUUUUCAAGUGCUACGUUGUGUUGUUUUCUAUUUUAUAUGUACUGUCUCUUUGUCAAAAAAAAUUAUCUAACUUUAAAAGUACAUAAAAAUCAUGUAUCCGUUUGUAAAAGAAAGACUUUGUUAUUGUUAAGUCUGUGGCUGUUUAAUUCACUUAUACUUUCUUACGUUGUAUCCAUGUUAUGUGUGAUAUAAAAUUGUCUGAAUUGACCACUACAACAACCUCUCUUUUACACAGAGAGAGUAAAUAUUUGAGCCGCGUCACAACAAAACCAACAUAAUGGGUUUGCGACCAGCAUGGAUCCAGACCAGCCUGUGCAUCCGCGCAGUCUGAUCAGGAUCCAUGCUGUUCGCUUACAUACUCUAUAACAAGAAGAGAAACUGAUAGCGAACAGCAUGGAACUUGAUCUGACUGCGCGGAUGCGCAGGCUGGUCUGGAUCCAUGCUGGUCGCAAACCCAUUAUGUUGGUUUUGUCGUGACAUGGCUCAUUUAUGUGAUUUUUGACGCAUUUUUCUGCUCUUAACUGAGAAUGAUUUUGAGUGCUUUGUGCAACAUGGCUGUAACUCAUAUAGCAUAAAGUAGGAGUUACAACAUUUUUGCACAAAGCCAGCAAUUUGUUUUAUGUUUGCUAUAAUAUAUUUGUUAUCAUCCCAUACUGAUAACAAGUUCUAAACCAUUUCUAUUCAAAAAAUUUCUGUAUCUAGAAAUAAUUGUACAUUACAUAAAGUCAAGAGAUUUUUCUUUUUCUAUGUACAGAUUUAUCAACCCUAUCCUAUCACAACCAUUGUUUUGUUUAUUUCUAGUUUUGCAUUCAUGAAUCAUAUAUUUAAGCUAAUGAUCAGAUGAAGAUCUUGCAAUUAAUACAUUGAUAAAUAACUUUGUUUCUAACUUGCUUGCAAUAUCAUUCCCAAAAAGAAUUUGUUAAGUUAUGAAUGAAUACGGUAUGGAUGGUGGAUAUAAGUACAAUGCAUAAUUAUGAAAUGCAUGGAUUUCUUUGAGCUGGGGAUAUAUAUGAGUUGUUAUGAAUAUGUAUGAAUAGUAAUGAGUAUGUAUUAGUAGCUUUGAAUAUGUAUAAAAAGCUAUGAUUAUGCAUAAUUAUUUAUGAAUAUGUAUUAAUAGAUAUGUGUAUGUAUUUAUAGCUUUGAAUAUAUAUAAAUAGCUAUGAAUAUGUAUGAAUAGUUAUGAGUAUAUUUUAAUGGCUUUGAAUAUAUAUGAGUAGCUAUGAAUAUUUAUGAAUAGUUUUGAGUAUGUAUGAGUAACUAUGAAUAUAAUGAUGUUUAAAUAGUUGUGAAUAUGUAUAAAUGUUUGGAUAUGUAUGAAUAUGAAUCAAAGAGCUAUGAAUAUGUAAAGUAUUCAUGCAAUGACAUUUUUGCCUUGUUUGUUUUUGCUAUCAUUGUUGCAAUCUUAUCAUCAGAUUUUCCCACAGAAUUUCAUAAUGGUUACCAACUGUUUUUAUCAUGUGCUAACUUAUGUACAGUUUGCAAUAAGGUAUUCUGUCUUCAUGCAUUUUCUAUGUUCUGUUACAGAUAACUUGUUGUUUUGUGUAGUCAUUCAAGUGAUUUUGUUGAUUUUACCAAACUUUUGGGGAACUUACCUUAAUUUUAGUGAUUUAAAGGUAUAUUUGGUAUAAAAUACUUACCUUUGGAACAAUUAUUGUUUUACUAUCAAGCACGGAGAAUAGUCAAGUAAGCUGUCCUGUUGACAGCUCUUGUUUUUAGUGAUUGUACUCAUAAAUGACUUGCCAAAUAUAUCUAAUAUUGUUAUGUUGGGUUUAUUUUAGACCAAACUAAAUGGGUAAAUAUCAUUUUUCUUUCCCUCAUACAUUAUCAUGUCAUUUAAGUAUUCUGAUCAAAAUUUUAUGAUUUUUACAUGCUGGCGCCCAAAACAAUGCAUGAAGGGCACAGCUGCACAUGGACAGCCUUUUCCUCCUGAUAAUAAGUUUAUAGGGUGACAUCCACAAGAAAACUAAUUGUGAAGAACAAGUCUUGUAUGCUUGAUUCUGAUUGGAUGACUUUUGUAUGCUUGUUUUUGAUUGGAUCACUUGUGUAUGCUUAAUUGUGGUUGAAUGACUCAUGUAUGCAUGUUUCUGAUUCGAUGACUCUGACUUGUGUAUGCAUGUUUCUGAUUGGACAAUAACAAUGAAGUUUAAAAUUAACACACAUUUGGUGAAUCUUUUCUAAUUUCCAGCUUUGGCUGGUUUACAAAUAUGUAGCAUAAAUUUGGAUCCUUAUCUCUUAACCUUAAUUUAUUUUUCAAUGUCAAGAUUUUAAUGGUAUGUUUAUAGAAAAAGAUUGUGUUCUUUUGUUCUUUAAAGCUGUAUGCCUCCAGAUGAGCCAGAAACAAUUUCAUUUAAAUCAACUUUGCGAAAAAUAAACAUCUCAAGUAAUGAUUUACUUGUUAUAUGCAAUUAAUGUCUGAUUUUGCAGUAUUUUUCACCAUAUUUCUAUGGUGUAAGAGUUUUUUUUGUGCAUAUUUUGACUUUUAUUUGGAUUAUUUGGCAAUGUAUAAAUUACUUUCUUUGUUCUCUUGACAAAUUUUAUUCUUGAAUACAUUUUUAAAAUUUUCAUGAAAAUUAGCAUAAAUAUGGAGGCAUGCUGCUUUAAUAUACAUGUAUGUGAUGUUGUUUGAUAAAUAAUACUCUUAUUUGAAAAACUAGAAAAUCUAGAUAUUGUUCCAGCACAGUGGAAUGAAAGUUACUUAUAAUUUAAUUUGAUAUGUACAUGUACAUAUAUAAUUUAAUUUCAUAUUAUUGUCUAGUGGAUUUUUUAGAUAAAUGUAGAACUUCAAGCACACAGAAACAGUCAAUUUAUUUAACUUGUUGAGUAGCGAUUCAGAUCUUUCUCAUUUUGUAUUUGAUGGAAGCAUAUUAAGUGUCAAUACUAAAUGAAUGUAUGUUACUAAAUAUAGAUGUCAAAAUGCUGUUUUUAAUUUAUUUCAUACCUAUGACCUAUAGAUUUUUUUUGAGUGUUUUAAGAUAAUCAUAUUUUACAGCCAUUGUAUCGAGGCCAUUGAUAGUUUAAAUAUUUGUUUUUGGUGUUGAGAUCAUUAAAUAUUCAGAACCGUAGAGUAGAUGAGUUUUAUGACUUUUUCUUAUGUCAGGCUACAAGUUGAAAAGAAAAAUGGCUUUUAUCAGGUCUUUUUAAAUGUUUGAUUUUUCCGACAUAAUAGAUAUACUGAUAGAAGAGACACCAUUUCAAGACAUAUUAAGUCUCAGAAGGUAUUAGUUUUCUUCACAGACACUUGGGUUGUGGAGCUCAAAACGCCUUUAAAAUCCAAUUAAAAUGUAUAUUUGUCAUGUGCUGGGAUUGACUAAUAUACAUUUUAAUUGGAUUUUAAAGGCGUUUUGAGCUCUAAGUGUAUGUGCAUUUCUUGUGAAGAAGAAGGGGGUAAACAUGUAUGUUAUAGUGUUUUAUUAAUGAAUUUAGAGCAUGUUCGAUACUUACAAUGUGAAGGAAAUAACAAUGAAAUAAUUUCUCAUAAAAGCAGUAAAAUGUAAGCAAAGUCGUAUUUUUUUCCUCCAUGUAAGAUAUUUAAAUCACUAGAACUGUGCUUAAAUUGCCUAAAAGCAAAAGAAGCAGUAAAUGGUUGAGCGUAUAAGGAUAUUGAGUUCCAUUGGGAAAUACUGCACACCAAAAAGAAAAAACUUUGAGAAAUAGAAAUUUUAACAAAUUUUUGGGAGCUUAUGGAGGCCUUAACCGUAUACACGUUACAGAAGGCCUUUAAAUAGAGGGUCUUUAAAUAAUGCUUUUAGGAAGGUAUACUCAGAACAGAAGAAUGAUGGUUCUACAGUUAGAUUGGUUUAACACAGGAAACUGAACAUAGAAAAUUGAAAAGAAAUUUUUCUUAUCCCUUGUCUUUCGGACACUUUUUAGAUGUAUAUUUCGUUACACAAUAAAUAUAUUAUUAAGUCAUUCUUUUACAUUUUUUUUUCAUUAUCCUUACCACAAGUAUAUUGUAUAUCUUUGUACAGAAAUAUAUGAUGUAAAUACUA